AUGGACGCCAAAGAGUACCUGACGGUGGCGAUUUCCGGCGAACAGCUUUCGGUCAGCUAUGCGAUGCUAAGCCGCAAAUUCGACAUUGCACCGAAACAGGCUCGCGAAGUACUCACCGAGUACGUGGAGUCCAACAAGAGCGACAACUCGCUGCACGUCACAUACUGCCUGCGAGGCGUCAAGAGGCACGGUGUCUCGACGAUUGAGCUGUGUGACGGCUCUGAGAUCGCCACAAAACGAUCCGAGUUCAACGAGCCUGUUUCGCAGCUCAUUUACUCGGUGUCGGCCUCUCCAACCACCACGACCAUUCUCUAUAACAUGGCUCUUGAGGCGUCGUCUAUGGGUCCUAACAAGUUUGCCAUUGUGAGUGAGCUUGUUGAAGGCGUUGAUUUGACUCCCACCAAGCCCGUCAUAAAGGAUGAUUCGCCUCCUGUGGCAGCAGCUGCUUCUAAGCCCCUUAUUACGACUGCUCCUGCCAAGAAGCCUGCUGCUAAACAGAAGCCCAAGCUGGAUUUCUUUGGUGGUAAGAAGAAGGAGGCCAAGGAAACGACGCCUGCGAAGCACGAGAAGAAGGAUGAUCACAAGGAGGCUGUGAAGGACGUCAAGAAGGAGACUACACCCAUCAAGGAAGAGAAGGCGGCACCCGUCAAGGAGGAAAGGAAGGAAACCAAGGCACCCAAGGGCAAAUCCGUCCUAGACGCAGUCAAGGAGGGCAAGAAGAACGAACCCAAGCCCAAGGAGCCCGCGCCUAAGUCAAAGAAACAGCUGGAGGCUGAAGAGGCCGAGAAGAAACGACAGAGGGAGCUGGAGGAGGCAUUGUUUGCAGACGAGGAUGAAGAUUUUGAUAUUCCCGUGAAGCAACCUGUGAAGAAGGAGGAGCCUGAAAAGGAGACCAUCAAGGAGGAGCUCCAGGAGGAUCUGGAGAAGGCCGAGAAGGAUACAUUGACGGAUGCCCAGAUGAUUGCUGGUGGGGAACUCGACGUUACCACUGAAGACGUUGAGAUGGGCGACGAUGACAAUGGUAACAAGGAGGACGUUGAAAUGACCGACGUCCACAUGACUAACGACGGAGAGGAUGUUCAUACCACAACCACCACUGCCAAGAGAGGAAAGAAGAAGGUGAUAAAGAAGGUGCAGGAGCUGGACGAGGACGGAUACGUGACUUACAAAAAGGUUGAAACGUGGGAGUCAUGCGAUGAGGAUGAAGACGAAAGUGGCCUCAAGGAGGAGGUCAAGAGGGACGUGAAGAAGGAGGUUAAGAAGGAAGUCAAGAAAGAGUCGCCUGAGCCAGCAGCAGGAGCCAAGAAGAGCAAGAAGGCGAAUAAGCAGAGCUCUCUGAUGAGCUUCUUCAAAAAGUAA